UUGAAUACAUUCUGUACCUAUAUACUCUCCGUGGCAGCAAUAUAUAUAUAUAUUCGUUGAUUGAACUUCGAGUCGCUAACACCGAGGAGGCGCUGCGGAAAUUUGAAAAACGACAACCACGACAGCAACAUGUUUCUGUCGUACGCCGUCGUGCCCGUGUUGGUUUUCACGGUGUUGUUGAACUUCUUCUACCUGUACGCUCCCAUCGACUCGCUGCAGUGCGGCCAGAACUACACGUGUUGCGAGGAGUGCCUGAACUCGACGUGCCACACCCAAAUGAACAGGACGUGCACGAUCAACCCGGACAACAGCACGUACUCGUGCUUCACGUGUGACCCCGACCCGAGCGGAAACCCUCAGUACUACUCCGAGGCGGAAUGCAAGGCGACCUGCACGGACCCGGCCAAGAUGUGCAUCUGUGACGGAGCGUGUUGGUCGUGCAUGGUAACGGAGGGCACCGAUCUGGCCAAGUUUGUGUGCGCCAUGCCCACCCAGGCGGUGGACGAGAAGUGCGCGGUAGUCCCGUACGGCAGCAACUGCAGCGCGCCCGCCACCUCCGGAGCAUAGUUAUAUUAUUAUUAUUAUUAUCGUCAUUAAUAUUCGACAAUAUGAUAUUUGUUCUUAAAAAAUAAUGCCUCGUUAUUGUAUUAUUACCAUAAAGUAUAUAUCUCGUGAUAUCCGCAUCCGAUCACCCCCUUGAUGAAUAUUUCGCGUAAUAUUAUUCUCACGGUUUUACGUACUCUGUGCGCAAAAAAAAAAAAACAAUGAAAAUACAAAAAAUCUUCAAACUAUAUCAUUGUUAUUCGAUAUUAUUCUUUACCUUGUUAUCUAUUGUAUCAUUAUAUUAUUAUUAUAUUAUGUAAUCGGUGCACCAUACUUUGUAUUAUUUCAUCAAUAUUAAACUAUUAC